AUCCAGGUGACGAGCAUGAUGAUUCCGAUCGGCAGGGUCUCUGGCCGACAAGCUUGGGAAGAGAAGCUUCUCCGGGCCUGUGGGCAAAACGGACGAUCUCUGCAUCUGGGUCCCCUUCCCAUUUCCGGCUUCGAAAAGCACUCAACCUCCAAGUAUGCACUUCCAUGACCCAAACAACCUCAUCGAACUUGCUGUGGCGGCGUGGGGCUCGCAAGGACCCUGAACGAAACAGCAAAAAAGAGGGUGUCGAAGCUCGUGCAGAAGAGUGGGUGUGCGAGGUGGAGCCGUGCCAGUACCGAAGCGGCUCUCAGGGCGACUAUCAGCAUCGAUGGUGGUGGCCAAAGAGGAGAAACGUGCGGCGGGGAGGAUCGAGCAGGGAACAGGCCUUGUCGACUUACGCCAUUUUGACCUGCGCUACCGUUGGUCGAUUCGCUCAGAUGCCGAUCAGCUCGCUGUCUAGGGCGGACAGGAUGCCACCCCCGUCAGCUGCGUCUGCGACUGGUUUGGCGAGUCUGGGGGGGUGCCGUGUAUGUGCGUGUUUCGUGCCAUGUACGGGCGUUGGAAGACAAUUGGAGAGCCAAGGAGGAAGAAAAAAAAGCUGUGAGCGUCACGGUCUGGCGAGGAUCAACCCCCCCUCCGCGCCCCUAGGCCCUGUCCCCUAGUUCUAGACCCCUAGAUGACUAGCAGCGCUAUGCUUGCUUGCUUGCAUGUGCCGCAGUGGUGGUUGGAUGGCCAUGGCUGCUCAAGUGAGGGGGGAAAAGAAAGCUUGGCUGUCUGAUUUAUAAAAGACCCUGAGAUCCGCACCUCAACCUCGC